AUGCAUGAUUUUCAAUCUCUUCAAUUAGACGACGAAGACUCGUCUAAAUAUUUUAUUAAUUAUAUCAGUGAGCAUUCCGAUGGCCUUGGAGAUGAUAAUAGCAAUGAAAAUGAACAUGAACAUGAACAUGUUCAGUCACCAGAUAAUCAUGAUGAUGUUGAUGAAUCUUCAUUACCGAAUAGUGUCAUUAUAACGCCAGUACCUCAAGAAUUAUUUACUAAUCAAGAAUUUAAAGAUGAAUUUGAACAAUUAUUUCGUAUUUAUGAUUCUCAAAUCGUUGUACUCUAUCUGAAAUUUUUCCAACGUGUACGUAUUACAUUUACAUCAUCACAUAAUGCAUUACAAGCUCGAUUACAUCUUCAUGAACAUCCAUUUCAUGGUACCGUAUUUAAAACUUAUUUUGCAUGUCCAAUUGUAUUUCGUGGUGCAAAUCCUGAUACACAUUUACGACCACCGGAACCUGAAAAACUGUUUCUUAUCUCACCUCCACCAAGUCCACCUGUCGGUUGGGAACAAAAAGCCGAAGAUCCACCUGUUGUUGAUUUACACCUAAUAGCAGCUAUUGCACAAUUGCAACCUAAUAUACCUCAUGAAUUAUUAUCGAGUGAACUUGGUUCAAAAGCUCCAGCCAUUGUUAUUCAUACAUGUGAUGAUAAUGCUGAAACGAAUUAUAUAGGCGGUGGAAAGCUCAUUAGGCCAACACUUAUACAAACGCGACGGCCACCACAGACAGAUGAACAGAAUUGA